AUGGCUGGUGCUUCGUUUUCCUUCUUUGCGCUUGCGGAUUUCGGUGUCGAUAUUCACUACUUCAUCCCCUCCAUGUCGAGGCAUUUUCUGCAAAGUGCUCUUGCAAUGAAGCAUCUGGCCCAGUCUCCCGAGGUUGACAUCCGCUUCGUGGCUCUGCUGGGCGACAACGCGUACCCGAUGGGGGUUUCAGGAACAGACGAUGUAGUGUGGCGUGGCAUAUUUGAGGACGUGUUUCAGUUCGGCCGUGGGCUCAAAUGGUAUGCAGUUCUCGGGAACCAUGACUACUGGAACGUUGCUUCUGCCCAGGUGGCGUACACAUACCGGCAUGGCUAUCUAUCCGAAGAAGCGGGCAGGUGGUACAUGCCAGCGCAUUGGUACAGCGAGGUCGUGGAACACAAAGGCAUCAGCAUUUGCAUGCUUGCACUAGACACGGAGCAAGCAAACGGUAUGUCACACCACAGUGAGGAGGGCAAUGACAUCUUCCCAUAUUUCCGUAAGCAGCGAGCUUGGUUCGAAAGGGAGGUUUCCAAGCCGGUGUGUCAACAGGCCCACUGGAUUGUCGUCCUAGGACAUCACUGUGUCAUAUCAGCAGGCCCGCGUGGUUCCAUACCACACAUGCAGCCCUUCCUCGACGUAAUGGUAACCUGGCAUGUUGACCUGUUCCUCUGUGGCCAUGACCAUGUUUCGCAGCAUGCGCAGCACAUGGGCAUCCAUGUCCUUGCCGCUGGUGCCGUGUCUCUAAGCGGGGCCCGAGGAGACGUUGACGAUCCCAGAGUGGAUUUCUUUCAUGAGCAAUCGCCUGUCUUUGCGAUGUUUACAGUAUCACAUGAGGCGAUCCAAGGUGGUUUCAGGUCAGGCAGCAAUGCCUCAUGGCUCUUUCGCUACAAGCAAGGGUCAGGUCAGCGGGAGGCUCGGCUUCGAACUGUCAAUACCUCGCUUUGGUGA